UUCCUGCUCCUCACCGGCGGGCAGCAGCUCCCCGCCGCUCGGGUCCCCGUCCCCCCGCUGCGCCCAUGGGGCCGGACCCCCGCCGGCGCGCCGGAGCGCCCUGAGCGGCGCCAUGCUGCCCUCCCCGGGGGCUUCGCCCGUGGGGUCCCCCCGCGGGUCCCCCCGCAAUUCCCCCGUGCUCUUCAGGAAGCUCCUGGUGAACCAGAGCAUCCGCCUGCAGCGGCGCUUCACCGUGGCGCAUCCCCUCUGCUUCGACCUGGAGAAUGGCCUCCCGGGCAGGGGCGCGCUGGACCCCCAGGCCAGCCCGGGCGCGGGGCUGGUGCUGCAGGGCACCUUCAGCCACGGCCAGCGCCGCGAGUCCUUCCUCUACCGCUCCGACAGCGACUACGACCUGUCCCCCAAGGCCAUGUCCCGCAACUCCUCCAUCGCCAGCGACCUGCACGGCGAGGACAUGAUCGUCACGCCGUUCGCCCAGGUCCUGGCCAGCCUCCGCACCAUCCGCAGCAACUUCGCGGUGCUGAUGCACCUCCAGGACCGCGCCGGCACCAAGCGAGCCUCGAGCAGCAGCCUCCCCUCCGCGAGCAAGGCCAGCCUCUCCGAGGAUGCCCAGCAGAAGCUCUCGCUGGAGACCCUGGAGGAGCUGGACUGGUGCCUGGACCAGCUGGAGACGCUGCAGACCAGGCACUCGGUCAGCGAGAUGGCCUCCAACAAGUUUAAGCGGAUGCUGAACCGGGAGCUGUCGCACCUCUCGGAGACCAGCCGCUCGGGGAACCAGGUCUCCGAGUACAUCUCCAGCACCUUCCUGGACAAGCAGCACGAGGUGGAGAUCCCCUCGGCGCUGCCCAAGGACAAGGAGAAGGAGCGGAAGAAGCGCCCCAUGUCGCAGAUCAGCGGCGUCAGGAAGCUCACGCACGGCUCCAGCCUCGCCGCCGCCGGCAUCCCUCGCUUCGGGGUGCGCACGGACCACGAGGGGCUGCUGGCCAAGGAGCUGGAGGACACCAACAAGUGGGGUCUGGACGUGUUCAAAGUCGCCGAGUAUUCGGGCAACCGCCCGCUGACGGUCAUCAUGUACAGCAUCUUCCAGGAGCGCGACCUGAUGAAGACCUUCCGCAUCCCCGCCGACACCUUCAUCACCUACAUGCUGACGCUGGAGGACCACUACCACGCCGACGUGGCCUACCACAACAACAUCCACGCCGCCGACGUGGCCCAGUCCACCCACGUCCUCCUCUCCACGCCGGCGCUGGAGGCCGUCUUCACGGACCUGGAGAUCAUGGCUGCCAUCUUCGCCAGCGCCAUCCACGACGUCGACCACCCCGGGGUCUCCAACCAGUUCCUCAUCAACACCAACUCGGAGCUGGCGCUGAUGUACAACGACGCCUCGGUGCUGGAGAACCACCACCUGGCCGUGGGCUUCAAGCUCCUCCAGGAGGAGAACUGCGACAUCUUCCAGAACCUGAGCAAGAAGCAGAGGCAGUCGCUCCGUAAAAUGGCCAUCGACAUGGUGCUGGCCACGGACAUGUCCAAGCACAUGAACCUGCUGGCGGAUCUGAAGACCAUGGUGGAGACCAAGAAGGUGACCAGCCUGGGGGUGCUGCUGCUGGAUAACUACUCCGACCGCAUCCAGGUGCUGCAGAACAUGGUGCACUGCGCCGACCUCAGCAACCCCACCAAGCCGCUGGAGCUGUACCGGCAGUGGACCGACCGCAUCAUGGAGGAGUUCUUCCGCCAGGGUGACCGUGAGCGGGAGAAGGGGAUGGAGAUCAGCCCCAUGUGCGACAAGCACACCGCCUCCGUGGAGAAGUCCCAGGUGGGCUUCAUCGACUUCAUCGCCCACCCGCUGUGGGAGACCUGGGCCGACCUGGUGCACCCCGACGCCCAGGAGAUCCUGGACACGCUGGAGGACAACCGGGAGUGGUACCAGAGCAUGAUCCCGCGCAGCCCCUCCCCACCUCCCGAGGGUCCCGGGGUGCCCCCCGCCGCCACCGACAAGUUCCAGUUUGAGAUGACGCUGGAGGAGGAGGAGGGCGAGUCGGACACGGAGCUGGAGGGGCCCGAGAGCCCCUUGGACGAGGACAACAGUGGCUCCAAGACGCCGGCCACGGAUGACUCGGAGUCGGCCGACACCGAGCGCCUCUCACCCGGCUCCAGGGACCGGGACUUGCCCCAGGGUGGGUGCCCCGGGGACGUGGACAACCGGCGGGCGCUGGAGGGGACGCUGACGAAGGACGGUGGCAGCUCAGCGCCAGGCUCUGAGGGCAGCCAGGAGCUGUGCCUGGACACGGAGGGCAACGUCACAUUCCUGCCCCUGGGCACGUAGUGGCCCCGGCCAGCAGGUCCCGUCGCUGCCACAGGGACGUGGGACACGGCGUUGCCCCAGCGAGUGCCACGGGCACCCCAGGCUCCUGGCAUCGUCACCGCUGGGACCGGGGCGGCCGUCGGGAUGCGGAGGGACCUGAGGAAUGUCCCCACACGGCAGCUGGGCAGGUACCGAUGGGCACAAAGACACCACUGCUCAUUCCCUCCUGACUGUCCCCUGCUCCCACCCAGCGUCCCGACGUCCAGGUGCUGGGAAAGGUCCCCCGUCGCCUGCAAACGGGUGCUUUGCUCCUGCCCUGUCCCAGCCCUGGGCACACUGUGGCUCCCCGGGGAGAUGUCCCCCAUUGUGCCAGGCGCAGCCAAAAGUGUUUGGGUGUCCGGGUGGCAUGAGGCUCCCCGGUGUCAGGGCACGCGGCCGGGCACCAGGGCACGACGCUGGCUGCUUGGGCACGAGUCAGGGGGUUUAUUUAUUUGGGGAUGGGGUCACUUUUUAAAGCCUUUUGUAGCUCACUUUUUAAUACCAGCCUCACCUAGGCGCACUCACACGCGUUUCUGUGGCAGAAGCUGCUCCGACUGUGACCAGCACCCGAAAUGCUGCAUUUAUACUUUGCACUUUGGGCCCCGCCGGGCGCUGCAGCCCCACAUGUCUCUGCAGGGAACGGGGCAGCCCCCGGGGUCGUUUCGGUUUCUUCCUUCACCCUCCAGAUAUUAAACCUGGUUUGUUCCCCCCUAAGUGUGAU